AUGGGACAAGAAGAUUUUCGAUCCACAGUGGAAAUAGCGCUUUCUGCAAUAUUUCUUUUUAUAUUAAUCAUAGCAUCAGUAUUUGGAAAUAUUGCAGUAAUAUUGGCAGUCAUGCUGAACAGACAUUUAAGAGAAGAAAAGUCUAGUUUCCUGAUUGUAAACCUGGCUGUAACAGACCUAACUAACGGUUUAAUUGUAAUCGUUAGUUCAUUCUGCUCCGUGAUAUCUGACCGUUGGAUGUUUGGACAUGGUUUAUGUUCCACCGUAUGUGCUAUCAACUACUGUCUCAUCAUCACCUCAAUGCUUACACUAUGUUUCAUCAGUUUUGACCGUUACCAAGCCAUUAUUCACCCAAUGACCUAUCCCAUGUGGAUUAGCAGGAACAAGGUUGGUAUUGCCAUAGCCUAUUCAUGGAUGCAGGGAAUAGUAUUUUCUCUGGUUCCUGUAAUAUUACACUGGAUACAAUAUGAUUAUUGGGAAGCUGUGUGUGCCAUAGAAUGGCAGCAGGAGAAAAAGCAAGCCAUUUAUUAUGUAGUUACAGCAUUCCUACUUUGUUUUUUCCUACCAGGAAUGGCUCUGGUGGUAAACUACUUUCUUGUGGUCCGAGAGGUCAGACGUGCAUCAAGAACUUUGCAACCUUUUAAUGAAUUAAAUGCCACAAGGAAAUCCAACUACAGCCAAAGUAAUAAAGCCGUCAACAGUCUGCUUGUGGUUGUGAUGGCCUAUUUUGUGUGUAUGACACCAUUCAGUGUCACCAAACUCAUCAAGGUCAUCGUCCCAGACACCAGUUUUGUACCAGGGCGUAUUAACACCCUGGCUAGUUUGGUUGGGUACUGCUCCAGUGCUGUUAAUCCAUUAAUCUAUGGGCUCCUGCGUAAGGAUUUUAAGUACUCAUACAAACUAAUUCUAAAGAAGAUUCUGAACCCAAUGAUGACAAUUACGAAUGAACUGACAGAUCACACAGUGCAGUGA